ACAGAAAGAUCUGAACUCCUGUCAGAUGUGAGAUCAAGACUUUGGUUUACUUACAGGAAGAAGUUUUCCCCAAUAGGAGGAACUGGUCCCUCAUCUGAUGCUGGCUGGGGAUGUAUGCUGCGCUGUGGACAGAUGAUCCUGGCACAAGCAUUAAUAUGCAGACACCUAGGAAUGGAUUGGCGCUGGGAGAAAGGCAAAUGGCAGCCUGAACAGUAUCACCGGAUUCUGCAAUGUUUUCUAGACAGAAAAGACAGCUGUUACUCAAUUCAUCAAAUGGCCCAGAUGGGAGUGGGAGAGGGUAAAUCUGUAGGGGAGUGGUACGGACCCAACACAGUGGCCCAAGUACUAAAAAAGCUUGCUUUAUUUGAUGACUGGAAUGCACUGGCAGUUUACAUUUCCAUGGACAAUACUGUAGUUAUUGAGGAUAUCAAAAAACUUUGCAAACAUUGGUCUGAAAAUUGCAGGUUACAAACAGAUACCUCACUAUACAGAGGUGAUGUGUCCAAAAAUCAGACUGUAUCCGUGCACUGUAAGGAUUGGAAGCCACUUUUGUUGAUCAUACCUCUACGUAUGGGAAUAAACCACAUCAAUCCAGUUUACAUUAAUGCGUUAAAGGAAUGUUUUAAAAUGCCUCAGUCUUUAGGAGUCUUAGGUGGAAAACCAAACAAUGCUUAUUAUUUUAUAGGAUUUCUCGGAGAUGAACUAAUCUAUUUGGAUCCUCAUACGACUCAAGCUGCAGUAGACACAGAGGACGAUGGGAGUGUGGAUGACUACAGUUAUCACUGCCAGCGAAUACCACAUCGUAUGAAAAUCACACAUCUUGACCCCUCAGUAGCUUUAGGAUUCUUUUGCAACACUGAAAGAGAUUUUGAAAGCUGGUGCAAUUCUGUGCAAAAGGAAAUUCUGAAGACGCGUAACUUCCGAAUGUUUGAAUUGGUUGAGAAACACCCUCCACACUGGCCUCCUUUUGUCCCUGCGACCAAACCUGAAGUGCAGACCACAGGAGCAGAGUUUGUUGAGCCAGCUGACAAGCUGUUUGAGUCAGAGGAAGAAUUUGAAAUUCUCAACGUUUAAAGCAGCCGGUUGGACCUCCAAUUACUGCUGCUGAAUGAUUACAGCAGAGACUGUCAACCAUUUUUAUCAUUCAAGCAGCCUUUUUAACAAGACAAGUGCCUGAUUUCAUAAGGACAUGGGAAAAUUUGCAGCACACUUGAAAAUAAUGAAAUAACUCCCACUUAACAAGCAAGUUGCUUCCACGUAGUUGACUCGCAACCUCAUUUUUUUUUUGAACAAAACCAGAAGAGACAGAAAAUUCUAACAAAUGGAUCUUCCUCAUUUUUGGUGAUCAUCUGGAAGCAAGUGUUAUUUAGAAAAAGAUGUUGUUGAGAGGAAGUGGCAAUAUGAGCAGGACAACAUUCAAAGAAAGUGACUGGUUUUUAGAUGAAGAGAACCUUUCAUGCACAAGAUGGUAGCAUUAUGCUCUACUCAAUGCUUCUGACUGUUAAUUAUCCUACGGAUCGUCUGGAGCCUAUGUCUUGGAGAGAUGAGUAUCCUCCUAUUUAUCUGUUCUUUAUCCACCUGAAAUAGGGGAUGUGUGUCCCAUAACUGAGUCUAUCGUCAAUGCUGCAUUCCCACUUCAAAUCUUCUGGGUUUUUUUGAGGGUAUCAUUGUGAUUUUCAACUUCAUGUAUGGACUUUUCCACUUUUUGUCAAAUAUAAAAUUCCAAUGUAUUUAUGGCUUCAUGCCCAGUAUUGUUUUUGUGUACUAUUAGUAUUGUGCAUUCAUUUGACUGCCCCAAAAAGUCCAAAUCUUUGUGUAAGCCACAACAUUGCAGUGUGCAUUGUAACAUUUUAAUUUUUAAAUUUCCCUCAAAAAAACUUUUAAGUUUCAUUUGAUUAAUGUGAACUUAGAAACUAACAAUAUACCAGUCCUGUCCAGUACAAAACUAUUUAUUUUAGAGUGAUGCCUGCACAAAGCAAGUGUCAUAUAAGAGCUAUAUGUCAGCUUGAAAAUAUAGGAAAUACACAGCCAUUUUAAAAAAAACUUAUCCCAUGUAGCUUUUCAGAUAUUAGCUAUCAGCUCCAGCUUUUUCACAUGACAGCAUUGUCUGUCCUAACCCAAGAUAUUGGCUCCAUUUUUAAGAUGGACAUGCAAAUUAACUAGUUUGUGCAAUCAAGAGUUGGCAUUGCAUUGUCCUUAGGCUUUAUAAUGCCAUGCUUUUAUACCAUGCAUCUAAAUAUUAGUCAGCUACUAAGUAUGUACUAUACAUUAUCUGUAUUGGGCAGCUUUAGCUGUUCCGAAUGCAAAAGGAUUUAUCUUAUUUAAACAAUGCUGGAUGCAAGCGACUACACAUUAAAUAACCUCAAAAUAAACUGUGUUUAGCAGC